CUGGGAGUUGAAGUCCACAAGUUUUAAAGCGGCCAAGUUUGGGGACCCCUGCUGUAAAUAUUUAAAACAAUUGAAGCAAGCAUGCACAAUAUUGUUUUAAGCAUUUUCACCACACGCAAACACGCGGAGAGCAGCUCCCACCCCACCUUCGCAAGGGCGAGAAGCGAGAAGCCCCGCCCCCUCCAUAUCUGAUUGGCCUUUCCUUGGAGGCCAGAGAAGCUCCGCCCCUUCCCCCGCUCCCUUCCUGCCGAUUGGCUUCCUGCUCAAGGUUGCGUUACCGGAAGCGGCCGUUGCCCGGACGACGGAAGGGGGGGGAAAAGCCGCGGCCCUUUUAACGGAGUCGAUGGCGGCGUUGGAGCCGGGGCUUUGGUUUCUGCUUUGAUCCCGGUAGCAAAGCAAGAAUGGAGACUUUAGAAGAAGAAAGUUUUGGUAUAUCCAUCUCAUCGCCUUCUGAUGCUGAAUUCGAUACUAUUGUAGGAUAUUUGGAAGAUAUUGUAAUGGACGAUGACUUCCAGCUAAUACAAAGAAACUUCAUGGAUAAAUACUACCGAGAGUUUGAUGACACAGAGGAGAAUAAACUGGUCUACACACCUAUCUUUAAUGAAUAUAUCUGCUUAGUUGAAAAAUACAUCGAAGCGAAACUUUUGGACAGGAUUCCUGGUUUCAACAUGUCCGCCUUUACCUUGUCUUUACAGCAGCACAAGGAUGAAAUAGCAGGAGACAUUUUUGAUAUGCUUCUCACAUUCACUGACUUUCUGGCAUUUAAAGAGAUGUUCCUGGAUUACAGAGCUGAGAAAGAAGGACGAGGCCUGGACCUUAGUGCCGGGUUGGUGGUCACCCCUUUAAGCAAGCCCUCCAGGUCACCCCCCCAGAACAGCCUGUGGCAGUAGUGUUUGGCUCCAGAGGUGGCCUGUUGGGGUGCCUCCAAUAGGAAAGAGAGGAAAGAGGGAACUCAGCAAGCCUGAUCUUCUCUUCGGCUCCUUCUAUGGAUGGUUCCACCACCACCACCAUCAUUUCCAUCAGAGCACUGGGACUCCUGCGAUUCCCACCCAAUCAACGUGCAAUCGUUUUUCUGAGGACAUCCUAAGGUGUUUUGUUUUGUUUUUUUGGUGGGACAAUGGUCAUGGAAGACUAGUGUCGGGCGUGAGGGGGCGGUUUCUACAGACCCCCCCCCCAAGUUUCACAACCACAGGACCGCUGGCGAAUUGUCUUUGUGUGUGGCUGUGAAUGAAACACAUUGACUUAACAGGUAAUACACAUUUGGGUGCUUUCUGUAGGUGUUCAAUGCAAAUGGUAUAUAUAUAUAUAUAUGUAGCACGAAAAUGUUCUCUACGGACUUUUUUCCUCCACUUUGAGGGCUUUCACCCCUUACCUCAGAGGGUCAUGAUAGUUUUGAAAUGUACAUUUCAUCUUUUCUAGGGCAACUACCACGCAGUGUCCAUGCUAUGAUCUGUAGCUCGUAAUGAUAUAGCCAUGUCCUACAAUGAAGGACUAUAUAGCCAUGUCCUACAAUGAAGGACUACAUUUCUGGUUCCUUCAGUCAAAUUCUUGUUCACAAAGUUAUGCCACCCUCCAUAUUGAGCCAAAUCAAGUGCCAGUGAUGUGCAUUGUCCACUCACAGCUAGCUCCUAACCCACAUUCUCUUUGACCCCUGCCUAAGUUUGUCUUCCACCUGCUGGAAGAAUGGAGCAGUUGUAGCCAUCUUGAGUGCCAUUAAGGAGGAAAACUACCCAUGAUCAGUAGGCAGCUGUUCUUCAUGCUCUCACUAGGCAGGGGCUUGAGCAUAUUCACCUGCAGCUCCUCGAUGGGGCUGAGAUGUUUUCUAGGUGCCCCUUGAGUAGGGAAAGUCAUCUUCCGUACAGAAUCAGGGACACCCUUGCAGGCAAAACAUCAGUAAAGAGAGAGAGUAAAGAGAAUGUAGUGUUUCUAAUAAGCAAUUACAAUAUUUAUAGUUACUGCAGUAUUUUCCUUGUAAAAAAAAUUUCUGUAAUAUUCUCAGCCUGGAAGUUGGUCUCCAGUGGCAUUUUUGACAUCUUUAUCCAGAAGCCCAUUCUGCUUGGCAAAAGAAAUUUAUUCUUAACUUUUCAACCAAGAGCAUUUAUUCUUUCACAAAAUGUAGAGGUAUUGAGCAUUACCAAGAUUGAAUUGUGCAGGUGAUGCAUUAUCAAGCAGAUUGCUGGAAAUAACAAUCAGUAUUUACCUUGGCACUGUUGGCUUUUUUCAAAAGCUCAGUCUCUCCAUCAGUAACAAUCGGUACUUGGCUUGCAGGGAUAAGACUGCAGGAUCCUAUGCAGAAUUUCUCUUUUUCAUUUUGCUGUAAUUACCAAUUUAAUUGUGAAGGCACUAGGUUUCGGCAUCCUAGGGGCCACAGCUGCGUCAAGAAGAGCAAUAAGGAAAAUGUUUGUUUUCCCUAGUUGAAAUGGCAUUUCAGGUGUUGGAGACCCCUGGCUUAGAUACUUGGAUAACAGAUGGGCUAGGAUAAGGAGGGAUUACAAGUCAACACAGCCAGGGACACCAAGUCAGAAAGGCUGAUUUAAGUGUGCUACAUGUGUUUUUUCGAAGAUACUCCCUGUAGGACACAAUAGGCUUGUGGAGUCCUUGGAGCAUUGCAUAGAAAAUGUUAUGGAGGUAGCAUCUAGGAAACCUCCGCCUUGCAGAGUCUCAUGGCAGCAGCACCCAUUGUGGUAUGUGAACACCUCUCUUGUAUUUCGCUUGCUUCGUGCUAAUAAUAAAAUCUGUUUGCUUGGUAAAAAGA